AUGAUUCAGCUCUCGGAAUGCAGAGAACAUCCUGAACAGGCAGUGCCCCUGAGAGAGACAGUUCCUCAAGAGACCAUUCUCGAGGAGGAGGAUCCCGAGGCAGCCCAGGUUAUAAGACAAAACUCCUGGGAAUUCUUCAAGAGACCUGUGAAGGAGAAGUCUAAACUGUGGAUGGCAAUUGCUUCUAUCUUCAUAGGCUUCAUUUUAAUAAUUAUUGUAGGCUUGUUGCUCCAUGAAGUAACCCACAUGGAUGAAGAUGAACAUGAAAUAUUUGAAUUGGCAUCUAAUAAGACAUUCUUGGUCACAGUAAAGAUUCCAGAACAGUGUAUGGCUAAAGAGAACUCAUUGUCUAAUGAGCUCAGUGAAAGGCUCACAAAUGUAUACAGUUCGUCUCCAGCUCUGAGUAGAUAUUUUGCUUCAGUUGAAAUAGCCGACUCCAGUAGUAACUCCACCAUGGCAUACCACCUGCACUUUGCGGUUCCAUCAUACGAUGACAUGUUUAUGGAGUAUAUGAUGAGCAAGGAGUUAGUGCUGGGCAUCUUACGUCAAAAUUUUCAUGAUCAGAAUGUACUUGGCUGUGAAACUCUAGGGAUUGAUCCAGCUUCUCUCUCACUCUCCUCUGGUUGCAAGCAACCAGGAAGCCAGAGGAUCAAGCUCUUGCUCUGUGAUUAA